AGUUCCAACAAAUUUACGUAUUUUUAAUUAUUGAAAAAACGUUAAUUGAAAAAUGUUACGGGCACCUGUAUUACCUUGUCUGCCUGGAUUCAGCUUUGAUAGGAACCUCGGCCGUACAAAAUUUCAUAGAAGUCAAUACUUCGACAAAAUACAUAAUGACGUUUAUUAUCUUACGGAAAAGAAGUCCGAUUUCGGUCGUUAUCCAUCGAUUUACCCACGCGGUGAAGUACAGGAGUUACCACCAUGGAUAGCAUACGAUGGCCAAAGAUUGAUGUUCGAAGCGUAUUACCAAGAGACCGUACAAGAAAGAUGGAAAUCCUCUUUUCAAAUUCGCGUGGUUACGAUAAGCUUUUUCUUAGAAGACGGGACAAUGAAAAUAUCGGAACCAAUCGUAGAUAAUAGUGGCUUAGAACAAGGUGUUCUGGUAAGACGUCAAAGAAUUCCAAUGCCUGAUCCAAUAAGAUACAAAUUUUAUGAUAUUAUCGAUUUAAAUAUCGGUAAAGAACCAGAGAUAUUUGGUAGGGUAUACAAAAUCGUAAAUUGUGAUAAAUUUACAAGACGAUUUUUAAAUCGCAUGGGAAUACCAGUACCGGAUCCUAUAAAAAUCCCGAUAGAUCCAUACAUUGAAGCACGAAAAAUCCCAACAUUUCCAAAAAAACCAAAAAGUCACAAACUCGAUCAUCUUCGUAAUUUUCUAAAGUACGAUAGACAAGUACUUAGAUUUUAUGGAUAUUGGGACGAUACAGAAAGUGUUCAUGGUAUUAUACAUGAUCUUGAAAUUCAUUAUUAUCUUGCUGACGGUACGAUGGAGAUCAAGGAAAAUGUAGCAGCCAAUUCUGGAAGAGAUUCUGGAUUUAUGCUUGUUAAAAGAAUGAAAAUACCAAAAUUUUAUUCGGGUUUGGAUCCAAUCGGUGCGGGUGAUCCCUAUACGAUUUUGAAUGUAAUAGGUGAUGAUAUUAAUCAAAGCCAUAUGAUGAUAGACGCCUUGAAUACGGGAGAAACGAAGAAAGUGUAUUAUAAGGAUAAUGAAUUAUCUAUAGGUGCUAAAAUGAAUAUUUUUGGAAGAAUUGUCAUUAUAACGGAUAUGGAUGCGUUCACAAAGGAAUAUUACAGAACCAAAUAUGGCUUAAACGAUUUUACUGCAUUGGAAAAACCGCAAAAGAAAGAUGAGAUAUGUCAACCGGUAGAGAGAUAUAUACCACCCUAUAAUGGCUUCGGUACUUACGAAGAUUCACUUGGAAAUUGUCUAUCAAUAAUACCGAAAGCACCACAAACAGAUUUUAUUAAAUUUCUAUAUUACGAUAAGCAGGGCUUCGACAGUCAUGUUUUAAGAUUCAGAGCACAAAUGAUUUCGAAAAUACCAGAAAAUUUAGAGAGACAAUUUAUCGUAAGAUAUUAUCUUACAGAUGAUUCGAUAUCUAUAUUUGAAUUGACGAAAAGAAAUUCAGGAUUUAGAAGGUGUUUAUUUUUGAAAAAAAUGCCUGUAAUGCUUCCUAAACAGAAUAUAUUCUCGAGUAAAAAGCCAGAAUAUUAUAAGCCAAAAGAUUUUUAUAUCGGAGCAUGCUUGAAUAUACAUGAGUUUUAUUUCUCGAUUAUAUCGGCCGAUAUUUAUGCUCUUCGUUACAUGGAAUUAAAUAGUAAAAUGUUUCCAAAGGCAAAUAUCAAAUUGAUCAUGGAAAAACUUAAAGAAACAUUAACGCCUGUAUACAAGGAAUUUAUUCAAAAUCAUUCACCGCCUUCAAUCCCGGCUGAUCAUAAAGUUCAAACGUUGGAGUAUGAUAAAUUUAAAAAGGCAUUGUGCAUAUACUUAGGGGAUAAAAUAACGGAGCACGAAAUAAUUACAAUUGCCAGGCAUUAUUCCUCUCACGAAAAGAAAGAAUUUCAUACGAGAGAAUAUGUUAGACAAUUGGUUCACACUGAACUUCAUCGAAAUAUAUGGAACGAAGCUGUUCGAUUAAAGGAGGAUCUUUUGCAUUGGGAUAGAGGAAGAACCGGUUACUUACCUCGAAACACGGUUUAUACUGUUUUACGUAGUUGCAGAAUACCUCUUGACAUCGAACUGAUAAAUUCGAUAUUGGAUCACUUACGCAAAGAUACGGAUGGUAAAAUAGAUUACAACGAUCUAAUGGAAUUUAUCGACGUUAAAAUCAAUCCUUUGCCUCCUGCGAUUCCUAUAAAUAUUAAGACAGCAUUAUGGUGGGCGUCAGAGAAAGAACCGGAUUGUGGAGCCGGUAUAGAUUGGCAUUGCUUUAUAAAGGAUCUCAAUAUAAAAAGCGACGAUGACACGUUAGAAUUCAACGAAGAUAAAGAAAAAGAAAAUUGUGAAGCGAAGAAAUGA